UUAAUCUGUGCUGUCAAUUAUCUUGUCGAUGGUUACAAGAAAUUGUCAAUUUAUUAGUGACGGUGUCUGGAAAGGUCCUUCGGAAAAUUUUUGAAAAAAAUGGCAAAAAGGAUUUCACAAAGCUCAAUCAAUUGGGCUGCCCUCGCUGAGAGGGUCCCGCCCAAUCAAAAAGCCAAUUUGGCUGCUUUCAAACUGAGAUCCGACACCUAUCUACGAAGGGUUUUGGCUAACCCUCCCGAAGCACCAAAAAUUAACUGGUCGCAGUACAAAGCUGCCAUCACUAUUCCCGGCAUGGUAGAUAACUUCCAGAAGCAAUAUGAAGCUCUGAAGAUCCCCUACCCUGCUGAUACACAGACAUCCCAGGUUGAAGCACAAUGGUCUGAGAUCCAAAAGGAAAUUCAAGCCUUCGUUCAGCAAUCCAAUACUAAUAUUGCCAAAUACGAGAAGGAAAUAGCUGAAACCAAGGCCCUGCUGCCAUUUGACCAGAUGACAAUGGAAGACUUCCGUGAUGCCUACCCAGAAUUGGCUAUCGAUCCUAUCAACAAGCCUACCUUCUGGCCCCAUGAUGCUGAAAAUCAGUUGGAUUAUGUGGACCCAGACCAGAAAGCCCCAGCUCAUUAAAUAUUUAAAUAUAAUAUGAUACCUUUCAUGAAGUGUAAGAGCAAGUUGUUUAUUAUUGAUGUAGGAAUAAAGUGAUGUCAACAAAA